AUGACGCACUUCUGUCGUUAAUCUUAAAUUACCGAUUACUUGACUGUAAACGAGAUUAAAAGUGAAAUAUUUAAUAAAUUAUUUUAGAAUUAUUUUUCCCAGGACAACAUUUUCCCUUGUUUUUUUCCCUUCGAAAGGGAAAUGAAAAUUUAACAGUUGCAGUAAGCUGGAAACUUCGACUUCAACUAUCAAAAUAUUUUUAAGUAGUUUUUUUAAAAACUUUGCUGGCAAUUACAGGAAAAAAAGUUUAAUAUUGCUAUGGCGGUUCUUAGUUGAUGUUAUGUUUGUGUUUAUAUUGCAAAUCUUUAUAUUGUUGUUGUACUAUGUCAACUGGGCCAUAAGGUCUUAAAUGUCUGUGUUUCAACUUGUUAAUCCUACUAUUGUCAUGGACGCAAUUACUGGCACUAGCAGUAGCCUGGAUUCUCACGGACCAGAGCAAAUAUAUACUUACGCUGUGUUAAAAGAUUCAACAUGUACGGAAGUUAUGACUUGUACUGAAGGAAAUGAAACGGAUGGCAUGGAAUCCAGUAUGGAUCUUGCUUUGGUCUCUACAAAUCAUAAAAAAAAGAGAUCUGGAGGAUCAUUGAAAGAAAAAAGAGAACCCACGAAAAAGACCUGGCGUGGACGCCUGUCUCAUACAGACGAAAAGCCGUGGCGGAAACAAAAAUUUAUAGAUAAGUGGACUGAAGAUGAAAAAUUUAAAGGGUGGCUUGCACGCCACCCUGAAGAUCAAACUCUCGCGCGUUGUGUAUCAUGUAAUCAAGAGCUAGUUGCCGGUAAAAGUGAACUUAUUAAACAUUCAAAAACUGUUAAACAUAUAAAAUCUUUACAAAGCUUUGAUUCUUCUUCCAUUGUUGAAACUGAGAGCAGUCCAUCAAAAGGAAAUAGUCAACCCAUGCUUGUAUGGGUUUUAAAUGAUCAAGAAUGUCAGGCCACAACAGAAGUUAAGUAUCUUUCUGGUUUUGGCAGUGAUCUCACUUCUGAAGAUCCCAGGUGUCCUAAUUCUUUGCCAUGGGGCCAGAACAAUCCACAAGUAUGCCCGUAUGGCUUGUAUGCGGAACAACUAUCUGGAACUGCCUUUACUGCACCUCGAGAGCACAACAGACGAACGUGGUUCUAUAGAAUUAGGCCGUCUGUGUUGCAUAUGCCUUUCAAACCUAUUAACUGUGGUAAUCUAACUCAUGAUUGGUCAGAAAAUAGUCCUAACCCCAAUCAAUUGAGAUGGAAGCCAUUCCCUAUUCCUGACAGAGAUCUUGAACAAGUUGAUUUUGUUGAGGGUCUGAAAACAGUUUGUGGUGCUGGCGAUCCCACAAUUAGACAUGGAGUUGCUAUACAUAUAUACCUGUGUAACGUAUCCAUGGAAGAUAAGUGUUUUUAUAAUUCUGAUGGUGAUUUCCUUAUAGUUCCUCAACAGGGAAGACUUACGAUAACAACAGAAUUUGGUCGUAUGUAUGUUGAACCUAAUGAGAUUUGUGUUAUGCAACAAGGAAUGAAAUUCAACGUUGCGGUUGAAGGACAAAGUCGAGGGUAUAUGUUAGAAGUUUUUGAUGCACAUUUUAACCUGCCUUAUUUAGGACCAAUUGGUGCCAAUGGUCUUGCAAAUCCUAGAGAUUUUUUAACACCCGUUGCCUUGUAUGAAGACAGAGAGGUGUCCAAUUAUAUUGUGAUUAAUAAGUUUCAAGGAAAACUUUUUGCUGCUCAACAGAGUCAUUCUCCAUUUGAUGUUGUUGCAUGGCAUGGAAAUUAUGUUCCUUACAAAUACAAUUUGUCUAAUUUCAUGGCUAUUAAUUCUGUUUCAUUUGACCAUCCUGAUCCAUCCAUUUUCACAGUCUUAACCUGCCCAUCAACUAGACCGGGUAUAGCGAUUGCAGAUUUUGUAAUUUUUCCACCUCGUUGGGGAGUUGCAGAAGGAACAUUUAGACCACCUUACUAUCAUAGAAACUGCAUGAGUGAAUUUAUGGGACUAAUUUUUGGUGCUUAUGAAGCAAAGGAAACUGGAUUUAUGCCUGGUGGUGCAACAUUACACAAUAUGAUGACUCCUCACGGCCCUGAUGCUGAGUGCUUUAAUAAAGCUUCCACAGUAAAACUCACUCCAGAGAAAGUUGCAGAAAAUACAAUGGCCAUCAUGUUCGAAACUUCCCUCAGCCUUAGAUUAACCAAUUGGGGAGAAAAGAACUGUCAACAAUUAGAUCCAGAGUACUAUAAAUGUUGGCAAUCUUUAAAAAAGAACUUUGAUCCUAAUUGGAAAAAUAAUCUGUCUGAAAUUGUAUGACAAAACAUAUAGGACUGAUGUUAUUGCAAUAACAAUAUUCAAACUGUUCAAAAAUGGUUUUAUUCAUCUGCCUUUUUGAUGAAAAAAAUAUAUUUUAUCUUGACCUGUUAUGCAUUUUGUUAUAUCAUAUUUGUAUAAAUAAAUAUUCUUAUUUUGAUAUA